GUGAGAACGUACCAGUCACAAUGGGCAAGAUAAUCUUCUACGAGGACAGGAACUUUCAAGGACAUCAUUUUGAGUGCAGUGGUGACUGUGCAGAGAUGCACAACCACUUCAGUCGCUGUAACUCCAUAAGGGUGGAGAGUGGCUGUUGGGUGGCCUAUGAGAAGCCUAAUUAUGGCGGCUACCAAUACAUGCUGCACAAGGGGGAGUACCCAGACUACCAACGAUGGGCCGGCUUUAAUGACUGCAUCCGCUCCUGCCGUAUGGUGCCCCCUUACCGUGGGAACUACAGGAUGAAGAUCUUUGAGCGUCCUGAAUUUGGGGGCCAGAACAUGGAACUGAACGAGGACUGUCCUGACUUGUUUGAGCGCUUCCACAGCCAUGAUAUUUCCUCAGUCAACGUCAUGGAGGGCUAUUGGAUCCUCCAUGAGCACCCUCAUUAUAGGGGGCGCCAGUACUUCUUGCGCCCUGGAGAGUACAGGAGGUACACCGAGUGGGGCAGCGCAAGCCCAACCAUUGGCUCCCUGAGACGUGUCACUGAAGUCAAUUGAGUCCCCACCUAACCUUACCCCUUAGUACAACCCAUGCAUACUCGCUAAACCUAAUCUUGCUAGCUUUGUUUUACUGUAAUGUCCUCAUUGUUGUGUUUUUAAAAUCCCGCCUCCAAAUGAUUGGGAAGUAGGUCUGUCCUUUUUGAGCUGCUUUGCACUGUCAGGGAAGUACACCUCCUUCAGAGUUCAAGCAAAGCUCAUGGUAAAUGGUGAUAGGCUUGCUUUUGUUUUUACAGAGCAAAACAGUGUGCUUUGCCAGUUACCAAACUCCUGUUUUUUUGGAGCUAAAAUAAAUGAAUUGAUGGAAGUCAAAUGAUGGGGCUUUCUUUUGGUCUUUAAACGACUUUGUUGGUAUCAUUAAAGAGAUAUAGCAUGUCAAA